AUGGCCUUCAUCACCGAGAUCUCCGUCACCGAACUCUCCGGCUCCACCCGCGACCCAGGCGUAACCUCAUUCUCCAUCGACGUCCCCAACCGCACGAUCUCCAGCUACUCCCACAUCUUGCUCGACGUCUCUUUUCCCACCGGGGUCUUCGUGCAACCCAUCCUCGACUUCGCCAUCAAAUCCAUCGAUGGCCUGGGCUUACUCUCCAAACGCUCCGUUGCGAAAUUCCGGUCGCAGAUCAUCCGUCCCUUCUUGCCGCCCGAGGAUCACCCGCUACUCCCACUUCUUCUUCGAACCUCCAACACCGGCGACCUCGUGCAGCCCAGCCUCGACUUCGCCAUCAAAGCCAUCGACGGCGCAGACCUCCUUCAACACAACACAGCUGCGAGGCCAGUCCUCUUCGGAACAACCUUCAUGACGACCAUGGAAUCCUUCUCCGCCUACGACUCAGCACUUCAUACCAUUAGCCAGCAGAGGAGACCGACGCCAAUGCCACGCUCUUCUACCUCACCACCAUGCCAAGCCGGCGCUCGGACCCAAAUGGCAAGCGGAUGGCACAAGGACUUCUCCGCAUGCAAAGGAUGGCGCCGUGGAGUGCCUCACUGCAAGUGUGUUGUUCACAUCUCACACCGUUCGUCCGGCGCACAGGAAAAUGGAUGCGAGUACGACGAGCAAGACCUGGACGAAAGGGUGGCGCUGCGCGAGACGUGGGCCAGAGCGAUGAGUCUGCCGCACCAGGAUCGAGGGCACAAUACCCCAGCACUCACCACGAUCUUUGCACAACGCAUCACCGAUCCGCAUCAUACGGCCGAAGGCAACCCUCCUUGUGCGAGCGCCCACUACACUCUUAUCCGCAACGUCGCACGGUCGCAUCGCAUCAGAGCCUCGACUAGGAACAGGCAGCGCGAUGAGGCUUGUCAGACUACUAUCCUGGUCGGAAGAUCGACCGAACAUAUUCUGGGCUGCAAGACCGCUGAACGCAUCCAUUUCUGGGGUCAGAACCACGACACGCAACACCUCCUGCACCGCAAGCAAGUCACGCCACGUCCGGCCCCAACCACGCCGUCGCUAUUCGUCCUCAGCUUCUUAGCUGCGUUGCCACUUUCCUGCUUCAUCUACUUCAAGCGUGAGCAUGAAGGUUGGAGAAGCGGGAGAGCCAGGCGCUGGUUCGAUCAGCAGGGAUUCCUCAACGCAAACUGGCAGAACAAAUCGUCGAAGCACACGCCAUCGGCAGAGAAGCCUGCGUCAGCUCGGACGUACACCACCUCCUCCUUCGAGGCAAGCACGUCAUCGUCGUCCAUGAGCAUGCAUCACCCGGCUGCGGCCACGCAGUCGUUGUCCUGUCGAUCUGUGGAGUCCACAACGGCGCACAGAACGGUCUUGCAACUACCGGGACUGCAUGCUCCUGAUCUGCUGAAAUUGACCAAGCCGACCAUCAGUGGGAAGCGCCAGCAUUUCAUCAAUGGUCGAGUCUAG